GGGGGCGGGGCUGGGGGCGCUCGGAGGCGCCGGCGGCGCGCGCGGGUCGGUUAAACAGCCGCGGCGGCGGAGCCGAGUGCGUGUGUGCGUCCGCGCCGCUCCGCACCUUCCCCGGCUCUGUGUCCGCACCGCGCCGGCAUCGCGGCGCCCGCUCGACGGCAAUCAUGAGUGACCGAAAGGCAGUGAUCAAAAAUGCGGACAUGUCAGAAGAGAUGCAGCAAGACGCUGUGGAAUGUGCAACUCAAGCGUUGGAGAAAUACAACAUCGAGAAGGACAUCGCUGCUCACAUAAAGAAGGAGUUUGACAAGAAAUACAAUCCCACUUGGCACUGUAUCGUGGGAAGGAAUUUUGGCAGCUACGUGACUCAUGAGACCAAGCACUUCAUCUACUUCUACCUCGGCCAAGUCGCUAUUCUUCUUUUCAAGUCUGGCUAGAACCAUGGACUGUUACUGAAACUUGCAUCCAGUUACAGGACUCUCUGACUAGUUACUGCAGCCUUCCUGAGGAUACAGGCCUUCAUUUUCAAGGGCAAUGGCAGGGAUUAUGCUGUAACAGAUGAUAUUACAUCGUGGAUAUAAAAAGGAAAAGUACCAAAAAAGUCUUCCUUGUAUUUAUUUUUUUUUUUCCAGAAGACUCCUCCUUUGCUACUAGAGCUGUUGGAGCAGUUUUGCUUUUGCAAGUUUUAUAGCCAUCUACUGUAUUUCCUGAUUACUGCUAGUGCUAUGCAAGUACUGACAGUGUUUAGCUCUUUAUGUUCCAAACUUCUCUUAUUUUUCUGAUUUUACUUUUAUAAAAUAAUUUUCCCCCCAAAAUAAUUUUGCUGGAUGUACUGUCCUGAAACUUGAGCUGUUUCUUUUUUCUGCUGUCUCUGGAGAAGUGUGCUGGAGAAUAAAAGCCAAGUUCUACCCCA